CUAACUCAGAGCAGUGAAGAUCUUCACACCAUGACAGUGUUGCUUUUUGUCAUUCUAGCUUUUCCUCUCUUGCUCUUGUUUCUUCAUCGAAAACACAGAAAAAAUGGAGGACUACUCCACCUUCCACCGGGUCCUCCUGGGCUUCCCUUCAUUGGGAACCUGCACCAGAUGGAUAACUCAGCCCCUCAUCGCUACUUAUGGCAACUCUCUAAACAAUACGGAUCCCUCAUGUCCUUGCGCCUCGGAUUCAUCCCCACCAUAGUGGUUUCUUCCGCCAGAAUAGCAAAGGAGGUCAUGAAAACACAUGAUCUUGAAUUUGCUAGUAGGCCUUCCUUGAUUGGCCCUCAAAGGCUAUCUUACAACUGCCUAGAUUUGGCCUUUUCACCAUACAAUGAUUAUUGGAGAGAAAUGAGAAAGAUUUGUGUUCUUCAUCUCUUCACCUUGAAAAGGGUUCAAUCCUAUACUCCUAUUCGGGAAUAUGAGGUUUCCCAAAUGAUUGAAAAAAUAUCCAAGUUGGCAUCUGCUUCCAAACUUAUCAACUUGAGCGAGACAGUAAUGUUUCUCACAAGCAUCAUAAUCUGUAGGGUUGCUUUCGGCAAGAGGUACGAGGAUGAAGGAUUUGAAAGAAGUAGAUUUCAUGGACUUCUAAAUGAUGCUCAGGCUAUGUUGGGAAGCUUCUUUUUCUCGGAUCAUUUUCCUUUGAUGGGUUGGCUCGAUAAACUCACCGGCCUGACUGCUCGGCUCGAGAAAACUUUCAGGGAUAUGGAUUUGUUCUACCAGGAAAUUAUUGAAGAGCAUCUGAAACCAGACAGAAAAAAACAAGAACAAGAGGACAUCACCGACGUCUUGAUCGGACUACAGAAGGACAACUCGUUUGCCAUUGAUAUCACUUGGGAUCACAUUAAAGGAGUGCUCAUGAAUAUAUUUGUGGGAGGAACAGAUACAGGCGCAGCCACCGUGAUUUGGGUGAUGACAGCAUUAAUGAAGAAUCCCAGGGUGAUGAAGAAAGCCCAAGAAGAAGUGAGAAAUACAUUUGGAAAGAAGGGAUUUAUAGGGGAAGAUGAUGUUGAGAAGCUUCCUUAUCUCAAGGCAGUAGUGAAGGAGACGAUGAGGCUGCUUCCUGCAGUUCCAUUGCUAAUUCCAAGAGAAACACUUCAGAAGUGCAGUAUAGAUGGGUAUGAGAUACCACCCAAAACCCUAGUAUUUGUGAAUGCGUGGGCCAUUGGAAGAGAUCCGGAGGCCUGGGAAAACCCAGAAGAGUUCAUACCGGAGAGAUUCUUGGGUUCUUCCGUGGACUUUAGAGGACAAAAUUAUAAGCUGAUACCAUUCGGAGCAGGCCGAAGAGUUUGCCCAGCAAUACAUAUCGGAGCUGUGACAGUGGAGCUCACACUAGCUAAUCUUCUUUACUCAUUUGACUGGGAAAUGCCUGCUGGAAUGAACAAGGAAGACAUUGACUUUGAUGUCAUACCUGGUCUUACAAUGCACAAGAAGAAUGCUCUUUGCCUUAUGGCUAAGAAAUAUAAUUAAUGGACAUCUAGUGUAUGUUCCUGUAAAAGUUAUCUGAGAAUAAUGUACUCUUAAUCCUGCGAUUUUCUUAUUUGGAUCCAAUAAUAUGACCUAAUAUUUUAUGGUAUU